GUCUGGCGGGUAGUGCAGGCGUCUGUGUGGGGGGGGUCUGGCUGCCCUGCCCAGUGUGAGCCUCCCCACACCCAUCCAUCCAACCGUCGGGUGUUGAGCAGCCUCCCCAUUCACAUGGAGGGCGAGUGCAGGCACGUGCUGAGGACACUUGGGUCUCCAGGCACUGCCCUGCCCCCAGCAGUGCUGCCCGUUCCCUGGGCCCUGACAGUCGGAGCUGCUCCUGUCACGUGGGUGCCACAGAUUGCUCAGCGUGUCCCUCCUCCAGCUACUCCCAUCUCCUCUGCCUGGCCUGCUCUGGCUGCCUUGCUAGCAGCAGAAGAAAUCGCAAGCCCAUCCCUGAGCGCCAGCUUUGUCUGGAGAAAAGAGCACGGAGUGCGGAUUAGAGGCUCCUGGUGGACUUUCUCAGCUUACGCUGAAGCUUAUCCUCCGGGUGAAGCAGCAGGCCCAGUGGGGCUGGGGAUCCUGAGCCCGGAAAACCCCGACACUGCCCUGCCUCUCUGCAGAGCUGCAGCCGCGAUGGAAGCGAUUAUAACCGCGUACCAGGACUUCAUGAAGGGGGCAGACCCCCGCAUAGCCGAGUACCCCCUGAUGCAGUCUCCCUUCCUCAUGAUGGGCACCCUGCUGACCUAUGUCUACUUUGUGCUAUCCCUGGGCCCCCGGCUGAUGGCCAACAGGAAGCCCUUAGACCUAAAGAAGUUCAUGGUGGUCUACAACUUCUUCCUGGUGGGCCUCUCGCUCUACAUCGUCUACGAGUUCCUGAUGGCGGGCUGGCUGACGGGAUACACCUGGAGAUGUGACCCUGUGGAUGUCUCCCAGGACCCUAAGGCCCUUCGGAUGGUCCGUGUAUCUUGGCUUUUUGUCUUCUCCAAGUUCAUUGAGCUGAUGGACACAGUGAUCUUUGUCCUGCGCAAGAAGAACGAGCAGAUCACCUUCCUGCACCUCUUCCACCAUUCGGUCCUGCCUUGGAGCUGGUGGUGGGGAGCUAAGUUUGGCCCAGGGGGAAUGGGCUCCUUCCAUGCCAUGAUCAACUCCAUGGUGCACGUGGUCAUGUACACCUACUACGGGCUCUCGGCGGCCGGGCCCGCCUUCCACAAGUACCUGUGGUGGAAGAAGCACAUCACGGCCGUGCAGCUGGCCCAGUUCGUGAUCGUCUCCCUCCACAUCUCCCAGUACUACUUCAUGCCCAGCUGCAGCUACCAGUUCCCCAUCUUCAUCCACCUCAUCUGGAUUUAUGGGACCAUCUUCUUCAUCCUCUUCUCCAACUUCUGGUACCACUCCUACACCAAGGGCAAGCGGCUGCCCAAGGGGAGCCAGGACCCCCCCCUGCUCCAGCACAACGGCAGCAGCGCUGUCCCCAACGGCAAGGUCAAAGCCAACUAGAGGGCCAGCCCCUCCCCACGCCACGGAGAGCCCCAGGGCAGUGGGGGCUGGGACUGCCCCCUGCUCCUGGGUGUCUAUAGCCAAAUCAAGUGCCUACAGACUGUUGUACCCCAAGUGCUGGCGCCGCUCCCUGCUGCCGUCUGCCUGCCCUCUGCUCCCCCGUGCUGGGGGGCACCUGCUGCUUCCUGCCAUGUGAGCAGAGGGGCAGCCACCCACAUCAGCGGCAGAGGGGCCACAGCCCUGUCCCCCUGUGUCCAAAGGAACUUCCCCAUAAGUGCCUGUUUGCCCCUCUGCCAGGUUCCUCCCUGCACGGGGGAGUGGGACCAGCCACGUGGAGAAGAGGGGGUGUCGCUCCUGUGCCCCUCUGCUCUGUGCUGCUGCCUAGGAGUGCAAUGCCCUGAGCCUCACUCCUGCCUCAGGGACCCUGGACCCUUCCUGCUCCCGCCUGGCCAUGCCCUGGGGCUGCUGGGCUCUGGUGCUCCGGGCCGGCUCGCCCGCUCACUACUUGAAUGGGAGGCUGGGCCAGCUGCCCUUUCUCACCCAGGCCGGUUGCGCACAGGGGCCAUGCUCCCGCCCGGCCUCCUCCCUUCGUCCCGGACUGGCUGCGGCUGCCUGGGAGCGAGCCUGGGCUGGCCCAGCAGCUGUGCACAGUGGGUGGAGGCUGGAGCCCGCUCCCUCGGGUGCCCCCACUGGCCCUUUGUGCAGUGUCCCGCAGCAGUGCCCUUAGGCCCGUGGAGGGCAGGGGGUUGCUCAUGGGAUUUUCCACUCUGGCUGUAGCCAAAGCCUGGUGGGGGCACAGCCGGAGGGCGGUGGGGGCCGAGCACCCCUCCCCCAGAGCCGGGGCUGCUCUUGUGUAUCUCCAGAAAUAAAGAGAGAAGGAGGCAGGG